AAGUUAUUAUAAAACAAAUAGAAGCCUAUAUUUUUCAAUAUUAACUAUGUUUUGGAGGCUGGGAGGGUUUGGAUUUGCAAAUACGUCAGCGAUUGAUAGUUUAUUGGAAAAAGCACCAGAUGUAACGUUAGAGGAAGUAUUAGAUGAAGAGGAAUUAUUACAAGAGUGUAAAUCACAUAAUCCUAAGUUGAUUGAAUAUUUAAGAGAACCGGAUGUAUUGCAUAAACUUCUUAGAUAUAUAAUUAGGGAAGAUUUGGAUGAAAAAGCAAAGCAAAAAUACCCGUAUAUUGCGUAUGAAGUAUUAUCAUGUGAAAUAUGGUCAAUAUGUGAAACUAUUAUGGAGAAUAAAAUGCUAUUAUUUGAAUUCUGGGAAUUUUUGGAACGCCCAGCGCCUUUGGAUCCAUUACAAGCAUCAUAUUUUUCUAAAGUGAAUGAACAAUUUUUUGAAAAAAAGACAGAAGAAAUGAUACUUUUUAUUCAAAGUAUUCCGGAUAUUGUUUUUAAAAUAUUGAAACAUAUCGAAACGAGUGCUAUUACAGAUUUAUUAUUGAAAAUUAUUAGUAUUGAACAAAACGACCUUGGAGUAAUUAAUUGGCUUCAAAAUGAGUCAUUAAUUCCAUAUCUUCUUUCGAAAAUGAAUCCUCAUGUUGAUCCAAGUACACAAACUGCAGCGGCAGAUCUUUUAAAAGAUAUCAUUUCAAUUUCUUCAAAUCCGGAAAAUCAAAGAAACAUUGGAUCAAAUGCAUUAUUAUGGGAACUUGUAUCAAAAGAAAGCAUAGAAAUUCUUGUUAAUUUUAUGUUUGAUACAGAAGGGCCAUUUUCUUCAUCAAGCCUUAUUAAUGGUGCAAGUAUUAUUAUUGAACUUCUUAGAAAAAAUAAUAGCGGUUAUAAUAGAGUAUCAUUUUUUGACAUUUCUUUUGCGAAAAAUACAUCAGGGGAAAAAGGACCUAUCUAUUUUGAUAAUAUGUUAAAAAUAUUAGCAUCUCAUAUAUCCGAUUUUCAAAAAAUUCUUCUUAAUCCAAGAAUGCCUAAAGAUGAAAUUGAAGUAGCAUUUGAUAAAAUUAAACCUUUAGGUGUUGAAAGAUUUCGUAUUUGUGAACUUUAUGCGGAAUUACUACAUUGUAGUAAUAUGAUAUUAUUAAAUAAACCUAAGGAUAACCUAAAGAUCAUGAAAAAAAACAAAAUAUGUGAUGAAACAAAGGAAAAACCACAAAAUACAAAAAUAGUAAGGAAUUUGGACAUUUCUGGAAACGUGGAAACAUAUGAAGUAUUUAAUACUGAACAGGUAUUUUCAUGGGAGGAUCUUUCAUUUAAAUAUAUAGAUUCAUAUGAAGUUCUUGAAAAUAAGGAACAUCUUUUAAAUAAAAACAGUGAUAUAGAAGAUAUAUUUCUAGAAAAUAUUACUAAAACAAAAUCAUCUAUAUCGGAGGAUAAUUUUGAUAAUUAUUCUAGUGAAUUAAAUUCAAAGGAAUCAGAAACAAAUAACACUUUGGUAGAGCAUUUAAGUAAUAAUAAUGGCCUAAGUAAAGAAGAUGUGGAAUCAGAUGAAAAUUUAGAUCAUUUCGAAAAUAAUUAUGAUGCUUUAAAUAUGCCAUUCCAGAAUAAUUUGUCAGAUGAAAAACAUUGUACCAACAUAAACGAGAUUGCCGCGGUAUAUGAUAAUACAGAUACUAUUUUUGAGCCAGAAGUUAGUGAUUAUUUGAAGAUACAAUUUAUUGAACAUAAGGUCCUUUCUACAUUAUUGAAUAUGUUCUUCGUAUUUCCAUGGAAUAAUUUUUUACAUAAUGUCGUAUAUGAUAUUAUUCAGCAAGUUUUUAAUGCUCCUAUGGAUGAAAAAUAUUGCUGCGCUUUAGUACUAGAUUUGUUUUCUGAAGGAAAAAUUUGUGAAAAAAUUAUUCAAGGUCAAAAAGAUAAUGAUGAUACAAUCUCCAAACCCUGUGGUGUUCGAUUAGGAUAUAUGGGCCAUUUGACUUUAAUCGCUGAAGAAGUUGUCAAAUUUACAAAACGAUAUUCUCCUCAUACAAUAUCUCCUAUUAUUGCUGAAAAAGUUUUAUCGACUCAAUGGAUUGAUUAUAUUGAGCAUAGUUUGACUGAAACAAGGGAAAAAGAUAACGCUAUUCUAGGAGGAGUUCGGCCUCAUCAUUUAUCCCUUCAUUCUGUCAUUGAUUUUGAUGAUAAUGGCUUACAGGAUUUUAUGUCAGAUGUCGCCGAUAUCGAUUAUGAUGAUGAUGAUGAUGAUGAUGAUGAUGAUUUAAAUAGAAGAAUAAAUUUAUUUGGAAUACAAGAUACUAACGAUAAACAUACUAUAACUGAUAUGGAUGACGAUAGUGACUUUAAACAUGACCAAUUUUCGAGGUAUAUUAAUCAACAAUCUAUGGAUGAGUUUUCAAAUAAUUAUGAAAGACCCGAUAAUGAUAAGGAGGAUGUUUCUUGGAUAGAAGAAAAUGAGGCUUUUAAGCACAAUCGCAUUACAAACGAUUUAAGUCCCUCUCAAUAUCAAGAAAUAACGGACGAGAAAUUUGAUAACAGAUCUUUAAAUGAUAUAUUCGAGCAAAAAAUAUAUACUAAAUAUCAAGAUAAUUAUAUUGAUAAAAAUACGAUUGUUGAUAGUUUUUUAAUACUUGAUGAGAAACAAGAAAAAAUAGAUGAUAAUUACGAUAAUUUUAAUGGUAAAUCAGAUUUGAAUUCAGAUAGCCAUAUACAAGAUUUGGAUUAUAGAUUAUUCAAUUCAAUAACAAUCUCGAAACAAGAAAUACAAGAUAAAUAUUAUAACACUACCGAAAAAAUAUCUGAACUUUAAUAUCAUACCAAAAAUUCGUCUUAUUCAUGCAUUUGUAGCAAUAGAA